CAGCUACCUGUUUGAAACUAAAUUCUAAAAGAGUUGUUUUGUACACGAGCUUUUAGAGGAAGUAACCUGAGUCAGUUCCCUCUAAAAGUUUUUUGAUUUGUGCUAGUUCAAUCUAAUUCGGCGAUGGCUGUUUUCGCACUGGUGGAGCGAUUGGCUCCUCUGAUCGAGAAGGAGGUAAAUCUGCUCCUCGAAUCCAAAAAGGAAGUGGAAAAUCUCACUGGGAAGUUGAAGAAGAUCCAGGAAGUGCUGAAGGAUGCAGAGAGAACUGGAGUGACUGAUUCAAAGGUCAAAUUUUGGCUAAAAGAACUGCAAGAUGUAUCCUAUGAAAUGGAUGACGCAUUGGAUGAAUGGCAAACUGCGAAUCUUCAACUGCAUAUUGAAGGAUCUGAGGAAGUUUCUGAUCCUCGGGAGAAGGUACUUUCGUUUAUUCAAUCUCUUUGCUUAUGCUUCAAAAAUGUAGUUGGGCGUCGUGAAACUAAUCUGAAGAUAAAGGGGUUGAUAGAGAAACUAGAUUCGAUUGAUCAAAAGAAAGAUGAGUUUGGUUUUCUUCCUAGUGGUGGCCACAAUUUUCAUGAAUUUAAGCCAUUUGAAUCGACUUCUUUUGUUAAUUCUGCAAAUGUACAUGGUCGCAAUAUUGAUAAGGAACACUUGAUACAAAAAUUGUUGUCUGAGGGGGGCAUUGGAGUCGAGAUUGUUUCGUUAGUAGGGACUGGAGGGGUUGGGAAGACAACUCUUGCUCAAUUAGCCUUUAAUGAUCCUGAAGUUAAGCAACAUUUUGAAUUAAAAAUAUGGAUUUGUGUUUCGGAUCCUUUUAACCCGAUUGAGAUUGCAAAAUCAGUUCUUGAGGCCAUUGAAAAGAAUUCCUCCGACAAGAGUUCCUCCAACAUCUCGAUCUUGCAAAUGGUAUUAGAACGAGUGGAAAACUCAAUUUCAAAGAAAAGAUUUCUUAUUGUCCUAGAUGAUAUGUGGAAUGUGGACGACAUGAAGUGGGAACCCCUGAAAAACUCUCUCCAGGGUGCCCCCGGAAGUAGAAUUUUGGCGACAACAAGGAGCGAUGAGGUUGUUAGAGUGAUAGGCACGAACAGACGGCAAUCAGUGGGCCUACUAUCCCCUGAUGACUGCUGGUCACUAUUGAGCGGGAUAGCUUUCUCCGGAAGAAGUGAGGAGGAGUGCGAGAAAUUAGAAGGUAUUGGUAGAGAGAUUUCGACAAAGUGCAAGGGGUUGCCACUUGCUGCAAAAAUUAUGGGAAGCCUGCUACGCCUGAAAGAUACCGUAAGACAGUGGCGAAAUGUUCUGGAGAGUCCUUUGUGGCAGUUGAAGGUAGCAGAAGAGAAGCUUUUCCCCCAUUUGUAUUUGAGUUACAAUGAUUUGUCUCCAGAACUUAAGUGCUGCUUCUCUAGUUGCAUCAUCUAUCUAAAAGAUACCUUGAUACAUUUGGAUGAUCUUAUCAUGCUCUGGAUGGCACAUGGUUAUCUUGGUUCGAGUGGAAAUGUAGAUAGCAUGCAAGGGAUGGGGCUAGAGUUAUUUGAGAACCUAGCAAUGCGGUCUUUCUUUCAAGAGUUGGAGAAGGAUAAAUAUGAUGAAAGUAAAAUCUCUUGCAAAAUGCAUGAUAUUAUGCAUGACUUCGUCACGUAUCUCUCAGAAGAUGAUCACUGCUUAAUCUUAUAUGGUGGAGUAGAGAUUAUGAAUUGUGAUAUCGGAAAAGUUCGCACCUUUUGUGCUAGAAAUGUUUCUCAAGAAAGUCUCCCUUUAAAUCCCUUUAGUUGUUUAAAAUGUGUACGGGUACUUAUUGCGAGCGAUUGUGGUUUGGAAGAACUUCCACAAGAGAUAGGAAAAUUAAUUCACUUGAGGUAUCUUGACUUGAGCUCCAAUCCUAUAAGAGGACUCCCAGAAACCUUGUGUGAUUUGUAUAAUUUGCAAACUUUGGAUCUCCGAAGCUGUGACGAUCUCUCCGCACUCCCUCAAGGGAUCUAUAAAUUAAUAAAUCUACGACACCUUCUCUUUGAAGGUUGGAGUAUGAAUUCAAUUCCUCAAGGACUAGAGAGAUUAACCGGUCUUUGGAUUUUGAGUUGUUUCAAAGCAGGAAGAGGAUCAAGUAAGUUAGGAUAUUUGAGAAAACUAAACGAACUUCGAGGAUAUCUACAACUUAUUCUGGAUGACUUGACUGAGUUAGAAGACUUGGUUGACGCUGAGAAAGCAGAAUUUAAAAAUAAGAUAUACAUUCGAGAAUUGAACAUCAUUUUUAAUGGGAAGGUGAGGGCAGACGUAUUGGAAGCUCUUCAACCACCUCCAAAACUGCAAAGUUUACGAUUGUCUGGAAACGAUGGAACCCAACUUCCAGAAUGGAUCACCACGUCCCUUAACUAUCUAAGGGUGCUUAGUUUCUCAUUUUUUAAUAACUGCUCAUCUUUGCCCCCUUUGGGAAAACUGCCGAUGCUUGAGGAGCUUCGGAUAUCAUUCAUGGAUGGCCUGAAAUAUGUGGGCAAUGAAUUCUUGGGGAUAAUGGAGACUAUCCAGGAACCACCGAAUGCGGGACCUGCAUUCCCGAAGUUGAGGAUAUUGGGUAUUGAGUAUUGUGUCAGCUGGGAAAAGUGGGAGGAUAUAACUGGGGAUGAAAAAGACCAUCUCUUAAUAAUGCCAUGUCUCAGGGAGUUAGAAAUCAUUGGUUGCAACAGGUUAAAGGCAUUGCCACAUUACCUCCUAUCGUCUCUGGAGUAUUUGACUGUCGAGGACUCCUCUUGUCUAGCUUCACUUUACGGGGACAGGACUGGAGACGAAUGGGACAAGAUAUCUCACAUUCCCCACAUUUAUGUUAUAUAAACAGAAUGGAAAGCGCUAAGAAAUGCGUUUUCGUCAUUACCGUCCUCAAAACUCCCCAAGCUAAAGUGAUCAAAGCUGAUGGAUAUGAAAAUGGGCAAAAUAGUGGAGACACUUUGUGCUGGAUCUUUGUGUUGAAAAACUAUAUCUUUAGAAUUGUAGUUAUUGGAUGAGAUUGUUGUUUGUAUUUUAAUAAAUAUGGAACUGUGUGUUGAUGUUUUAGUCAUAAAGUUUUAGGUUUUAAUUCA